CUUUUAAAAUUCAACUUCUUAUUAAAUGCUACGUACAAAUUCCCAACACAUUACUACAUACCUCUCUCUCAGUUCAAAUUUAAUAAUUACCAACAAGAGUUGGUUGUACAUAUGCAUAAGAAACUUGUACGCUGGGUCUAAACAAGAAGGGAUGAUAUUAUUUUGAUAUAUUGAUAUAUGAUUUCAAGCCUUUACAAGUGUCCCUCUCUUUGGUGACUAAAUUAUGUGUUUUCAUUCUUGGUUAUGAAGGUAACGAAUCAUCAUAACAUUAACACCACACCAAUAACCAUUCUCAUAAUGAUUUUAUAUCUUUUGUCCACCUUUUGUGUAGUUAGUGUACAACAAGAUUACCACGUCGUACAACCUUUUCAAUGCGUGGUCAAUGCAGGAAGAGGGACCAUCCUUGUUUCUUACCAUACUUUCUUGUUUGGAAGCAUUCAAGAAAAACUUUACUUGAAAAUAACAAAAAAUCUGACAUUUCACCAUUUUAUUAUAUCUUACUUAUAUAAGUUACUAACUUGUCACCUUCUCUACUUUAAAUGAUGCUCUUUUGAGUUUUGAGCCUCAAGUCUCAAUCCUUUCUAACACAUUCUUUCAAAAAACAUGUCUUCAAAUCUGUUACUAUCAAGCAAUUAUGAAGACGAAGAGUUCAUAGACAUGGAGGUAAGUUCAUCGUCUUCACCAUCAAAAACCAGAGAGUUUGAAUUCCAAAAAGAUGGAAGAUCAAUGAACAAUGCCUCACCAGCAGAUGAACUUUUUUACAAAGGCAAACUCCUUCCGCUUCACCUCCCGCCACGUGUACAAAUGGUGAAAUCGCUUCUUCUUCAAAAUGCUAAAGCUAAAGAUCAAGGUCAACAACAAGAAGAUCAGUUCAUUACAUUUUCAACUCCUCCAUUAAUGGUGCAAUCAUGCAAUAUAUCGCCUUCUGAAUCUAGUAGGGUAAGCACUGAAUUAACCCCAGAUGAAUACUUCUUUGACUGGUCAACGGAAUUAACAGGAUUCAUCGGUGAUCAUCAUCAUCAUCAUCAUCACAUUCACCCCACAAACAGAAACUACUACGCACCCCCAUGGUCAAAGAAGCUAAGGUUGACUCAAAAGCUUAAAGCUUCCAGAAACUAUCUCAAAUCUUUGUUUAACAAAUCUGCUUGUGGUUCAGAUGCUAAACAACCAGUAAUCCAACAAGAUUCUGAUAAAGAUGAACAUUUCUUGACCAAAUAUCUAAAAGUCAACAAAAAGAAAACCGGGUUUGGCAAAUACCCGACAUUGGGAAAUGUUUUAAAGGGUAUUGAAGAUGAAGGGAAUGAAGAUGGUUUUGACAGUAGUUGCAGCAAUAGAAAGUCUUUUUCAGGGGCAAUUAAGAGAAAAUGCUCGCCGUCUUCCACGUCAUCUUCUGGUUCCUCUUCUUCUUCAUCAUCAUCGUCUUCUUUCAAUUAUUCUAAUGGGAUUUAUGAGUUGUGUAAGAGGAAUAGUACUGCUGAUUCAGAGCUUGAAGGUUCCAUUGAAGCAGCCAUUGAUCACUGUAAGAAAUCCCAACAGGUUUUGAAUCAAUCUGUGUUUUUUCCAAGUUCCGUUUUAUAAAAUGUACUUUGUAAUAAUCAAUGUUGUUUUCCUUUUUUUUUUUUUUUUUAAUUAUUUUAUGAAGAUAA